AUGGACCAAGACAACAACCGUAGAAUCUAUCGACCAUUAGUAUCGCGGGACAAGGCACCCGUAUUUGCACCGCCACUGAGGGUCAAUAUCCCAAAACGGACAGUGACUAGUGUUGCAUGCGAAUCUUGCCGUCGUCGGAAGAUCAAGUGCAAUGGCCUCCGGCCCAAAUGUUUGGCAUGCACCAAUCGUCGAGCGGAAUGUGUGUAUCUGGCCAAGCCUACUGAGACACGCAUUUCGGCCAUCAAGAGGAAGCACGACGAGCUUCAAAGGCAGUUGGAGGACGGAGGUUCGUCCGAGUCUGAUCUCCAACAGCUCUUUGAAGCCAUACGCGACCGCGACGAGAAAGACGCUAUGACAAUCAUGAGGCGUAUACGAGCCGGAGAAGAUCCUAGCACCAUACUGCGCCAUCUUCGUGCUGGAGAUUUACUCCUCCAACUGCACCUUGCUCCCGAGACAAGGUUCCGCCAUAGCUUUCCCCCUACAUUCCGCAUGCCGAAGAGACUACAAGUGCCAGACAAUGUAUACUUCCACUCGUUGAGUUUCUGUCCUGACACGACAAGCCGUUUGGAGUACUGGAAUCCAGAAAGCCUACGAUAUCGCUUCUUGGCUGAAUCUCGAAGACUUUGGGAACUCGAAAUGGAGAAAGAGCCCCGUAUCACCACACUCCAGGCUGCGAUGGUGUUGAACCCAGUAUACAACAUGUCUUCGAUGGAAACUCAAGCUUCUCAAGGUCUAUCCUUUGGGGCCCAAGCGCUUGCUCUGAGCCAUAAACUCGGAAUAUUGGAGUCUCUGCCUGCAAAGCUAGACCAGAGGCAGCGCCACGUUUAUGGGUAUACUGCAUGGUGUCUGUACUACUGGAUCAGCAUCCAAUAUUAUACAUAUGUCAAGCCGCCUCAUUUUCGUCAGCCGCCUCAAACUCCCCUACCAGAUCCGGGGAAAAGUCCACAAUGGUACGAGGGGGUCACAUAUCGCUAUCCCCGCUCACGGACUGUGAGCUCCCAAGACUUUGGCAACCUAUUCAAGGCCAGAUGCGAGAUGGUACAGAUUGCGAAUCAAGUAUCUGUCGGCAUGUGCCAAUCCAAGAAUGAGGGUAAAUUGCCUCCUUCUGAAGGGCUUUUGGGGCUUUUGGAUCGAUACCAACAGUGGUUCUCAAAACUGCCACCUUCCCUUCAGCCUGCUCAUAUAGUAUACCCAGUUGAGCUCCAACUUCAUCUCCAAUACCACACCUUUGUCAUGAAUCUUUGCGAGUUUCUUGUCUCCCGCGAUGGCAACACCUUAGCACCAGAGGCCAACAAAAAGGUCCAUCAUGCAUUAUCCCAAUCGCGCGAUAGUUUCGUGAGUAUCAUGCUACUAUUUUACCUUCGCCAUGGCUAUGACAUGCAAGACCGAAUCAUGACGCAAUAUCUUUCCAUUCUAGCCUAUAUGUCACUGAAGCAGCUUGGCGACAGAAGCCUGACAUCGCAGGAGGAUGUUGAAGAAAGCCGCGGCUUAGUAUACCUAGCAGCUAAGGGCCUCAGUGUCCAGGGUGGGUACUACUACCUGACAUACUUGGUUUCCUUAGCUUUACAGAAGGAGAUGAGUCCCGAUGAUCUAGCAGUAUUGCAGCAGUCUACUGUUGGAAGGAAGGAAGAUAGUUCAACUGGAAUUAUACGAGCGAGGCACGAGGAGACGCAGGAUCCGAUUCAUAUUAUAUCCAUCAAGGAUCGUCGCUUAGGCGAUCUCGUCAAGGAGUAUUCGGCAAUGAGAAUCCAGAAUUGA